CAUGAUCUAUUUAUACCCAGGACUGUAUCUAUAACAAGAGGGCAUCCUCUACGCGUUUCGAAACCUUUUCUAGCCUCUUUAUCAAUGUUAAAAUGGCCAUUUUAACAUUGAUAAAAAGGCUAGCAAAGGCCUUGAAAUGCGUUUGUUUGCUUUGGCACUUUAAUAAAUGGACCUUCCUUAUAUACAUCACUGAUUGUGAGUAUUUCAUAUGGAUUGCGCUGAAGACCCGUGGAUUUUUUCCUGCUCUCCCUUGAUGUCUCUACUUUCGGCUGACGACUCCUGACUGCUUAAACCUGGGUGGCUGCACCGACUUCAUAUGCUGUCAUAGGUGGUUGUGUCUGGAAUACAGCCACAAAAGGUUCAUUAUGGAAGAACAUAGGUCUGAUCUAUUAAGAAUGGACAAGAAAAGAAAACAUAUGGCUGAUAGAAUACUAAAACUCACUCUACAGAUAAUCUACCUGCUGACUGGAGAGGGUUACAUAGUUGUGAAGAAGAUAACUGAAGACUGUGAAGGGUGGAGCAAGAAGCAGGUCCCUAUCACUUUGUCUCCCCCUCACUCACUGAUACAGAGGAACAGCUGUCAGAUUCUGGAGCUCACCAACAAGAUCACUGAGCUGCUGACUAAAGAGGUUCCUGUAAGGUGUCAGGAUGUCGCUGUCUAUUUCUCCAUGGAGGAGUGGGAGUAUUUAGAAGAUCACAAGGAUCAAUAUAAGAACAUUAUCAUGGAGAAUAACCAAACUGUUUUAUCAUCUGAUGAGUCCUGGAAGCAAGAAACACCAGUGAUAUGUACGUAUGCUAAUGAUUAUCUAGAGGAAAAUCAGAAUGUCCCACAGGAUCCUCAGGUUACAAAUCUGAGUGAUAUAAAAAUAGAAGACAUGAGAGAAGAGGAUACUUAUAAAGAUGAAAAUAUUUCUACAGAUAUCAACAUCGCUGGAAUGAACAAUCCACCUCAGAGGUGUCUCAGCCCAAUGCAUUCUCAGGAUUAUCCAGGGGAAAAUAAGAAUAUCCAUCAGGAUUUUAAGGUUAAACAAUUGUCUAAUAUCAAAGAUGAAGAUAUAGCAGAGGAGGAAUCAGUAGGGACAUCUGUGGUUGUAACCUCACUGUAUAAGGACUUUCCUACAGAUAUCAGCACAGAUGACAGCACCAAAAACUUCAUGGGAUAUCUUCAUUUAUCUCCAGAUUAUGAGGUAAAACAUAACAGUAUCACAGAAGAUUAUUGUGGAGAACAUUCAACAUUGGUUAUCACAUCUGUACCCUCAGUGCUUUAUAUCGGAGACCACGAAUCUACUGAUCUCACUAAUCAAAGGGAAUCUUCACCUGGUCAGUCACAGGUUGUUAAAAAAAGAACAGGAGCGACAAUAGGUGAAAUAUUUCCAUGUUCCGAAUGUGGCAAACUUUUUAAAAGGAAAACUAACCUUGCUAAGCAUGAAAGAAUUCACAGUGAAGACCAUCUAUUUUCAUGUCCAGAAUGUGGAAAAUGUUUUCGCCAGAGAUCGCAGCUUUUUAAACAUCAAAGAAGGCACAAAGGAGAAAAGCCAUUUUCGUGUUCUGAAUGUGAGAAAUGUUUUUGCCAGAAAUCAGACCUUCUGGUACAUCAAAGAUCUCACACAGGAGAGAAACCAUUUUCAUGUUCUGAAUGCGGGAAGCGUUUCAUUCAGAAAUCAAGUCUUGUUAAACAUCUGAGAAUUCACACAGGAGAGAAACCUUUUUCAUGUUCGGAAUGUGGGAAAUGUUUUACCCAAAAGUCACAUCUUUAUAAACAUAAGAGAACUCAUACAGGGGUAAAGCCAUUUUCUUGUUCAGACUGUGGGAAAUGUUUUACCAUGAAAGCAACUCUUAUUGAACAUCUAAGAACUCACUCAGGAAAAAAGCCAUUUUCAUGUUCAGAGUGUGGGAAAUGCUUUACUAGGAAAAAACAUCUUAUUGUACAUCAGAUUACUCACAGUGGGGAAGCACCAUUUUCAUGUCCAGAAUGUGGGAAAUGUUUUAGCCAAAAGGCCUAUCUUGUUAAACAUCAGAAGACUCAUAUUGUGGAGAAGUCAUUUUCUUGUACAGAGUGUGGGAAAUCUUUUACUAGGAAAUGGCAUCUUAUUGUGCAUGAGAGAAUUCACACUGGGGAGAGACCAUUUUCAUGUCCAGAAUGUGAGAAAUGUUUUAGGCACAAAUCUGAUCUUGUUAACCAUCAGAGAACUCACACAGGGCAGAAGCCUUUUUCAUGUUCAGAAUGUGGGAAAUGUUUUACCAGGAAAUCAUAUCUUAUUGUACACCAGAGAACUCACUCUGAAAAAGACCUUUUUAUAUCUGGAUUGAGGAAAAUGUUUUAAAAUAAUAAGGAAAGCUGUUUCAUUAGUCAGGCUGUAAUAAAUGU